AUGGGCAACAUCUCGAGUAGGCCCGACGACGGCGCCGCCCUCUAUCUCAGCGACCAGAAUCGAUUAUCUAUCGCAUCGCUCGUCAUAAGCAAUACCCGGAAGCGCACGUCCAUCACCGUCUCCCCGAAUGCAUUCCCCGCCACAAGAGUAUCAGCAUCGCGCCCUGCCGGCGAUAACACCCCAGUUGAGUUUAUACAGGAUCCUGAGCUGGCGACGAACCCUGGCGCAUCUGCCUUCCUGCUGAAGCUCAGCAACGAUGACGAGCUCAUGUUCACAUUCACCUUCAACGUCCGUCAGACACCCACCACCAGCCCCGACCCGAAUACCACCAAUACGGUGGACACCCAGAUCAAUGGUCUCACAUAUGUUUAUGCAUCCACCUCGAGAGAAGUCGAGAAUCUCGUCACGCGGGAAUUCCACGCGGACCCAAACCUACACAAGAACUCCAACGUCGAGCUUAUCGGCGACUUCACCACGGGCGGCAGCGGCUCCGUCACCUUCGAUUGGGCUUGGAAGUGGAAACCGCCCAGGAACGCCGAGGAUUCGGGCGGCGGGUGGAGGAAUUCCUGCAGCUUUGUGCAAUACGACUCGCGCGCCCACGAGCUGCAGACCCUCGCCAGCUUCUCAUUCUGGGUCCAGAACACGUCGCCCUAUCUCAGCCAACCUAGUUCCCCGCCGCCCUUUCUCUUGACUGUUCCGCCGAGGAGCCGCGGCGCUUCGUCUCAGUCCGUGGAGUCGAGAAUAAGCACCCUUGAGAUCGACGAGCCUGCUUCCCCUACCGUCGCAGCUCACGACGCUAACAGCGUAGUCUCGCCUUCUACGACCACCAUCGCCGUUCCAGUCGCCACCCCCCUCCCAGAGCCCGUAAAGGUCGAUGUUUCUUGCCCGAGGCCCAAUGACGAUGUCUCCGCGUCGGACGACGGGCCUGUCUUCCGCGCGACGAUGAAAGCGCUAGAGCAAAAAACAGGGAACAUGCGGACCCAGAUGAAGCGCAUGAUCAAGAAGGCAGAAGCUGCCCACGCAGCACAGAUCGAGGCAAACGAUGCGCAGGUGGCCUUUGUCGAAUCACUCCGGGGCGCCUCAUCUACCAACGCCAACGCCGUCCAGCCGGCCAUCGAGCACUACUUUGACAAGAUCGCGCGGGAGAUCCUCAGCUACGAGAGGCAGAACACGCUCAACCUGCAGAAGAUAGUGAUCGAACCGCUGAGUAAGCUGUACCAGAUCGACAUCAAACAAGCAGAGGCCAAGAAGCGAGAUUUCGAGGAGGAAAGCAAGGACUUUUACGCCUACGUUGGUCGGUACCUCGGUCAGCGACACGAUUCGGUCAAGGCCAAGCACAGUGACACCAAAUACCAAACAAAGCGGCGCAAUUUCGAGCUCAAGCGCUUUGAUUACUCCUCGUUCAUGCAGGACCUGUCAGGGGGCCGCAAGGAACAAGAAGUGUUGUCGCAUCUCACUAGAUAUGCAGAUGCCCAGGCCCGGGCUUACCUGCAAGCUUCCAAGAAGGUCGAAAGGCUGCUCCCCCAGCUGGAGGCCCUCUCGAGCGAGGUUCAGGUUGCGGACAAGGAGUACCAAUACCAACGCCGAGAGCGUGAGGAGAAGCGGAGGCUCCUCGAGAAGAGCAAUCUCACCUACGUGGAGCCCGACUCCAUACCCUCUUCGGUCUCGGGCAACGCGGCGAACGGGAACACGUCCGACACGGAGAUAAGCAGGGCGGACAGCACGGGCUCACAGCUCAAGUCCGUCGCGAUCAGCAGCUCAAACACGCCAGCUCCCAGCACCGGCGACCUCUCCAGGUCCCCUGGCAGCCUGAGCCACGCCAUGCUGGCCAGUCCGUCCCAGGGCUCAAAGUUCAAGGGAAUUCGCGACCUUGAGGAGCGCGAUACCACUCAGACCGAGACGGAAUCGCAGAGAAAGGAAGGGCUCCUGUGGGCUUUGAACCGCCCCGGCGGGCAUGUCGACCCUCGCAACUUGAAUAAGCAGGGUUGGCACAAGUUCUGGAUCGUCCUGGACGGGGGCAAGCUCUCAGAGUACAGCAACUGGAAGCAAAGGCUCGACCUGCACAUGGACCCCAUCGAUCUGCGGAUGGCAUCCGUCAGGGAAGCAAGGAACGCCGAGCGUCGUUUCUGUUUCGAAGUAAUCACCCCGCACUUCAAGCGAGUCUACCAGGCGACUUCAGAGGAGGACAUGAACAGCUGGAUCACAGCCAUCAACAACGCGCUGCAGAGCGCUGUCGAGAGGGGCCUGAAGGACCAGCCGGCACACUCCAGCACGCCGUCCAGCGACUCCGGUUCCUUUAGGAGAGACAUCGGUUCCAUCCUGACAGGCAAGAGCCCGUCACUCGGGCAUGCGCAAGCACAUCCGCCGUCGGCAAACAUGCCCGGUCGGCGGACGACCGUCGGUGCUCGGCCACAGACGGGGCGCGCACCCAGCGGCGGCGGCACCUUUGAUGAAAGCCCUGACAAGCUACUCCAAAUGCUCCGCGACAACGACCAAGGGAACUGUUGGUGUGCUGAUUGCGGGUCCGGGUCCAAGGUUGAAUGGGUGUCCAUCAACCUUGCCAUCAUCCUCUGUAUCGAGUGCAGCGGGAUCCACAGGUCACUGGGGACGCACAUCAGCAAGGUCCGGUCGCUGACCCUGGACAUCACCUCUUUCACGCCCGACAUUGUCGAGCUGCUCCUGCUCGUGGGCAACCGCGUCUCCAACAUGAUCUGGGAGUCGAGGUUGGAGCCGGGCAUGAAGCCCUCGCCUCAGGCAACCCGCGAGCAGAGGCUGCGCUUCAUCACUUCCAAGUACGUGGACAGGGCUUUCGUCGAGCCCAUCUCGGCCACGCUGUCCAGGUACCCCUCCCCCGAUGAUACACUUCUUGCGGCCAUAAAGAAGAACGAGAUCCAGCAGGUCAUCUAUGCCCUAGCCCUCCGUGCCAACCCCAACGUGGCGGACAAGUCCCGCGGCACCCACCCCGUCUUCCUCGCACUGGCAGCUGCCGAUCCCGCCUCUCCGAGCCCAGCAGUCUCGCCUCAACCACCCCCGCCGGCCGACGUGAAAACGGUCCCAUUCGCCAUCGCCGAGAUGCUCUUACAGAAUGGUGCUGAGGUCCCCACUGGGCUGCCUGCUUUCCCGCUCAGCCGCAGUGCUCUUCAGUAUCUCGACAAUAAGCGCGGGAAGUCGACGAUGCCUGGGUCGUUCCUCACGGGCAACGUCGGUGUCGAUGCCGUGGGAAGCCUUCCUGCCGGCGGCGGCAGCGGGGCGAGCCCCCUGGCGUCCAAGGACAAGGAGGGCCGGAUCGCGAAGCGUGCCAGUGCGGGUGGCAGGCUAGCCAAGUCACCCAUUCCUGAGAGGUAG